CCUGGUGCGCAUAGGCCUUGGAAAGGGCACAGGGGAAAUUCCAGAAAUUGAUUUAUAGUGGAGCAUAUAAGUGUGUGGGAGAGGAAAGCAGCAGGAGAGAGGGAGAAGAGAGAGAAGGAAAAGUAUGACAAGGAAAUGAAGAAAGAAAUGAGACAACAACCUUCUUAGCCUCCUCCUCCGUCCUCUCUCCUCCACUGCUAUCCCCUCAGUCGCAAGAGCAAGCGAGAGGAGCAAGCAGUACUAGGGAGAGUGAGGUAUCGAGAAGAAACAAACUCCCUCGAUUUUUUUUUGUUAACGAAGGGGAAGGGCGAGGAACACUGCCAAUCCUAGCAACAGGCCAAAGCGACCGGGGAAGAGAAGCUCUCUUGGCGUGUUCGAGUUGGUGCGGCGGGCAUAAAUCGGGAGGCGAUGGCAUCGAAUUCAUCGGCGGCGGCGUUCUUCGGGAUUAGGGAUGGGGACCAGCAAGACCAGAUUAAGCCGCUGAUAUCGCCGCAGCAGCAGCAGCUGGCGGCGGCGCUGCCCGGUGCUGCCUCGAACGCUCCGGCGUCCGGCCAAGGCGCGCCGACGGCGGCGGCGCAGCCGCCGCCCAAGAAGAAGAGAACUUUGCCAGACCCUGACGCUGAGGUGAUCGCGCUGUCUCCCAAGACGCUGAUGGCGACGAACCGGUUCGUGUGCGAGGUGUGCAACAAGGGAUUCCAGCGGGAGCAGAACCUGCAGCUCCACCGGCGCGGGCACAACCUGCCGUGGAAGCUGAAGCAGAAGAACCCGCUGCAGGCGCAGCGCCGGCGCGUGUACCUGUGCCCGGAGCCGACGUGCGUCCACCACGACCCGUCCCGCGCCCUCGGCGACCUCACCGGCAUCAAGAAGCACUUCUGCCGCAAGCACGGCGAGAAGAAGUGGAAGUGCGACAAGUGCUCCAAGCGCUACGCCGUGCAGUCGGACUGGAAGGCGCACUCCAAGAUCUGCGGCACCCGCGAGUACCGCUGCGACUGCGGCACCCUCUUCUCCAGGAGGGACAGCUUCAUCACCCACCGGGCGUUCUGCGACGCGCUCGCGCAGGAGAGCGCGCGGCUGCCGCCGACGAGCCUCAGCAGCCUCACGGGCCACCUCUACGGCGCCACCAACGCGGGCAACAUGGCGCUCAGCCUGUCGCAGGUGGGCUCCCACCUCAACUCCACGCUCCAGGACGGCCACCACCACCACCACCACCACCCGUCCCCGGAGCUCCUGCGCCUCGGUGCCGCGGCCGGCGGCGGCGGCAGCAUCGCCGCGCGCCUCGACCACCUCCUGUCGCCCACCUCCGGCGCGUCCGCCUUCCGCCCGGCCCCGCAGGCCCCGCCGUCCUCGGCGGCCUUCUUCCUCAACGUGGCGGGGCAGGACUUUGGCGACGACGCGGGCAAUGGGCCCCACUCGUUCAUGCAGGGCAAGGCGUUCCAUGGACUCAUGCAGCUCCCCGACCUCCAAGGCAAUGGCGCUGGGGGCCCCGGCGGCUCAGCGCCAGGCCUCUUCAACCUGGGGUUCUUUGCUAACAAUGGCAACAGCUCGGGGUCGAGUCAUGAGCAUGCAAGCCAGGGGCUCAUGAACAAUGACCAGUUCAGCGGUGGGGCAGGCGGAGGUGGCGGCGGCGGCGGGGGUUCGGAGGCAUCGGCGGCGGGGAUUUUCGGCGGAAACUUUGUUGGUGGCGGAGACCAUGUCCCAACGCCGGGGCUCUACGGUGGUGAUCAGGCCACCAUGCUGCCGCAGAUGUCGGCAACCGCUCUGCUGCAGAAGGCCGCGCAGAUGGGCGCCACGUCGAGCCCCAACGGCGCGGCCUCCAUGUUCCGUGGCUUCGUCGGCUCUUCCCCUCACGGGCGGCCGGCGACGCCGCACAUGGAGCAGAGCGAGGCGAACCUGAACGACCUGAUGAACUCGCUCGCUGGAGGCGGCGUCAGCGCCGCGGGGAUGUUCGGUGGCAGCAACGGCGGCGGCGGUGGAGCGGGGAUGUUUGAUCCGAGGCAGCUGUGCGACAUGGAGCACGAGGUGAAGUUCGGGCAGGGCGGCGGCGAUAUGACGCGGGACUUCCUCGGCGUGGGCGGAGGCGGCAUCGUGCGCGGGAUUUCGACGCCGAGAGCAGACCACCAAAGCAGCAGCGACAUGAGCUCACUGGAGGCCGAGAUGAAGUCGGCCUCGUCCUUCAACGGGGGCAGGAUGCCAUGACCGACCCAUCGAGAUUUUACAAGGCAUGAUGAGCUCGCAUAGUAAGCCAUGAAAGACUUUGAUCAAGCGGAACCAAUGAGAGGAGUAAUCAAGGUUCGUUAUAUAGCGUAGUGGCAAGUUAGAACCUGAGUCGCAUGAGUGAGUUCAUGCAUGGGAUGAAGAUUUCGUCAUCUGAAGGGACCUUGGGUGAGAGAGAGAAAGAGGCGUCUUCUCUGACUAAUGGAGUAAGCUAGUGCGAGUUGGACGCAUGUGAUGACCCCCUUGCUCGUGGUGGGGGUUGGUUCUUGUUCUUGUUGGUUUUCCCUUCCGUGUAGUUGGAUAAUCUUUGUUGGAUUAAGUAUAGCUUCUCGUGAUAGAACCAAUAAGGAUGCUUGUAGCUAGCUUAAUGGGGGAGAUGUGGAGCUUAAAUUUGCUCCACUCCCAAGCUUCUGUUGCUUUUGGUUACCUUUUCUCUCUUGUAGCAAAACAAUAUUCCCCUUACAAUGCCAUUAAUCAUGCUAGCUCAAAUUCAUCCUG